AUGAGUGAAAUCAAUCAAAUCGAAGAAGCUAAACCAACUGGUAACAAUCCAACGCAUGAUCAGAUGAUGCGCCAUUUGCGUCGUGCUAAUCAAAUUGCAAAACGUGCAUUGCAGUUUGGUCAUCAUCCAUUUGGCUGUAUACUUGUUGCAUCUGAUAAUGAAACCAUAUUGAUGGAACAGGGUAAUAUUGAUACAGUUAAUCACGCUGAAUCAACGCUUGCUCGAAUGGCUUGUACAAAUUUUUCAUCAGAAUAUCUUUGGCGUUGCACACUUUAUACGACAUUUGAACCCUGUGCUAUGUGUGCUGCUACUUUAUAUUGGGCCAAUAUUGGACAAAUCGUUUUUGGUGCUACUGAGAAACGUUUACUCGAACUCACUGGUAGUAAUGAAAACAAUCCAACACUGGAUAUUCCGUGCCGUUAUGUAUUUCAACAUGUACAACAAAUUAAUGAUUUGGAACGUGAUUCAAUUGAAAAAAUUCGACAAACAGCAGAUGAAGUAAGAAAAUUAUUACUACACUACACAGCUAAACAUAUUCCUGACAUAGAAAUUGAGUUGAAUAAAUUCACUGAUCAAUUGAGACAAAGUCGUCAUGAAAAUGAUUUGGUUGAAACAGAUUUAUAUCGAUGGAAAAAUCAACUUAUUCAACUAAGUGAUGAACUCAACAAACCAUCAAAUAUUACAAUUCGACAAGAUUCAAAAUCACUUGUGAACAGAAUUUAUGUUGAUAUAUCAACUAGUAAGUGUUGUUCAUAUGUAUAA